AUGGCGAAAACUCCAGAAACAGAGCAUCCGAACAAAGCCUUCGGUUGGGCUGCUAGAGACAAAUCCGGUGUCCUCUCUCCUUUCCAUUUCUCUAGAAGAGAAAACGGUGAAAAUGAUGUGACAGUGAAGAUCUUGUAUUGUGGAGUUUGCCACACUGAUUUACAUACCGUCAAAAACGACUGGGGAUUCUCGUAUUACCCUGUAGUUCCCGGGCAUGAGAUCGUUGGGAUCGCUACAAAAGUCGGUAAAAACGUGACUAAAUUCAAGGAAGGAGACCGUGUAGGAGUAGGAGUGAUCACUGGCUCUUGCCAGUCUUGCGAAUCGUGUGACCAAGAUCUUGAAAACUACUGUCCACAAAUGUCUUUCACGUACAACGCCAUUGGAUCCGAUGGAACCAAGAACUACGGUGGAUAUUCUGAGACCAUUGUGGUAGACCAACGGUUUGUUUUGCGGUUCCCCGAGGGUUUACCGAGCGAUGCGGGUGCGCCGUUGCUGUGUGCUGGAAUCACUGUGUACAGUCCAAUGAAGUAUUAUGGUAUGACUGAGCCAGGGAAGCAUUUGGGUGUGGCUGGUCUUGGCGGUCUUGGUCAUGUUGCUGUUAAGAUUGCUAAAGCUUUUGGUCUGAAAGUCACUGUCAUUAGUACUUCUUCCAACAAAGAAGACGAGGCCAUUAAUCGACUUGGUGCUGAUUCGUUUCUUGUCUCGUCUGAUCCUCGGAAGAUGAAGGCUGCACUUGGAACUAUGGAUUACAUUAUCGAUACGGUAUCAGCAGUGCAUGCUCUGUAUCCACUGCUUGGAUUACUUAAAGUCAACGGAAAACUCAUUACUUUAGGUUUACCUGAGAAGCCUCUCGAGUUACCAAUCUUUCCACUAGUUCUCGGAAGGAAAAUGGUGGGAGGAAGUGACGUGGGAGGUAUGAAGGAGACGCAAGAGAUGCUUGAUUUCUGCGCUAAGCACAACAUCACGGCUGAUAUUGAAUUGAUUAAGAUGGAUGAGAUCAACUCUGCAAUGGAGAGGCUUGCUAAGUCUGAUGUUAGGUAUAGGUUUGUGAUCGACGUGGCGAACUCCUUGAGCCCUCCAUGA